ACGGGCGCGAGUAGCUAGGAGGCGUAGACUAGUUGGCUUUGUUUGUAUUCAUAAACGGAAGAUAUUAGAUAUAAAUAUAUUUCACUUAAGUGGAUGUUUGUUUUUAGUGGUGACUAAACCUUUGGUCUGAACGUUAAUGGAUGUGUUACUAAUGUGGAAUUUUACUGUACAUAUUAUUUGUAGCGAUAACAAAAUGUAUAGCUAACCUAAGGAGCAGUCUAACGUUAACGUUAUGUGCUAAUUCGGAAAUGGCGGGCAGCUAAAAGCUAGCUUAAUUGAGUUUGGUUAGCUGGUAGGAAACUUUUUCCAACAAUGGAAAGCAAAACGUCACACUUGAUCAAAGGCAGGAAGAAGCUGAGAUACUUCACAGACGACGAAAGGGCGCUUCCAAGGAUACAGGAUGUAUUUUCAGUAGGUGACAUCGAUGCUUUUUUGGAUUGUACAUCUAAAACCAAACUGGAUAGUGGGUUUCCAUCCCCCUUACUACCAGAGGAAGAGGCACCACAGGAAGAAGAAUGUGUUGCCCUUCCAACAGAAGAAAAAAACAUAGGGGAAGCUGGGUUAACGGGUAAAGAGUGUCCAUUUAAAGAUAGUGCCCCAUUAAAGACUUCCAGCCCCAUCAUUGUGGCGUCGAGUAUCCAUGAGGAUGAAGUUGAAGCAAAGCUUUUGGCAUCGGCCUUGCUCUUUCCCUACGACAAUGAGGAUCCCAUCGAAGGCAACAUGGACAAGCCCCUUUCUAUCCUGACAGGGGACCUAGCCAGGGAGGCCUCACUUCAUGAGAUGCUCAUUCUGACCCCACCAAAGAGAUUUACACUGGGUGUUAAAACACAGCAAGGAGACAGGUCCCCAACACUCACCCCACCGACCACCAGAAGCCAUGUUAAUCUUGAGGAAAAGAAUUUGCCUGGUGCACUGGAAAAUCACACUCUGACAGAGAUGCAAAUGAAUGAGGAGCAGGGCUCCUCGGUGUCACCUGUGGUUUCGACUCAGACUGCAGUUAUUAAGGAGCCGGACUCCAGCCUGAAGGCAUUUAGCGUGGCCGACGAUAGAUCUUUCCAGAAGAAACUCAGAGAGUUCUUGAUGCCAAGGAAUAUAGAGAGUGCCAGGGUGCCGACACCCGCCAGGGCCCCGUCACCGCAGGAGCUGGACGAGGACUUCUUUAUCCUUGAGGACGACGCUCCGCUGCUCUUCAGCCUCAAGCCGAAGACUCCGAGCCAGACCAGCCGUCCAGCCAGGCAGCCCAGCAAGAAGGCCGAGGUCCAGGCUGAAACGGGGAGCGACGCUGCAGAUGGAGCUCUGUCUGGAACAGAGAAUGAGCCUGGAGCUGGGGGUAAGGCAGCAGGGGCAGCUCCCACAUCAGAACCCCCAGCCAAAGCUUCCGCUGUCCAGAAGAAGAGGGGCAAGCAGAGCAAACAGACUGCAUUGAGGGCAGCGCCUGAAGAAGGAGGAUCUUUCGAGGGGCUCUGCGAGGUCGGAGGUCGCACAGCCAAGGGAGUUCCAGCGGAGGCUUCAUCCAAAGCACCGGCUGCUCUGAGGAAGACAGGCAAGCAGAGAGAGAGACAAAUACCUGCAGCAUUAGCUACUGCUGCAGAGCCUCUCACAGCAUUGGAUGCUGGUGCUGAUGCUGAUGCUGACAUGGCAUCCAAAAGGCCUGAGAGAAGACCAGCAAAGCCCAUAUCAGAAGCCCAAAGUCCUGCAGCUGCUGAGGAUGAUCAUGGAGACUAUGGUAAUAGUCCAUCCCCGUCAUCCUUAAUGGAGGUGCCACAACAGACAGUUACAAAGACAGCCAGUAAGAGGGCUCUUAAUCAGGAAAAGCCUUUCCUGAGCAAAAAGAGGAAACUAUGCCGGACAUCAGAGAUGUAUGCGGUCAGUCACUCUCCAGAGCUGAAAUCGGACACAAAAACAAGCAAAGCUGCAUCCACGGGACUGGAAAACACAGCCAAAUCUCCCUCCACCGCACCUGCAGCUGUGUCGCUGAAGAGCCAGAAGGCACAAAGUAAAAAGAAGAAAGAGAAAGAGAGCAAUGUGACCCAGAAGAAGAAGAGACCAACUCCGGUGCUGUCUGAGGAAGUGAAAGGAGACACAGACCAGGCCCUCGCACAGCCCCACUCUCCUCACAGAGGAGAUGAGGCCGACGCCACAGGUUAUUCUAAGCCUGGACGUCAAGACCCUUCGCAGGACCUUAGCGGCUACUCUACUGUGGGCAGACGCAGGAGGAACAGGCCCGGAAACUGGUGGGCGGUCAACCCAGAGACGCAGGAUGAGAACGACAUCAGUCCUCCGAAGAGGCCUAAAAACGGCAAAAGGAAAAAUGGGAAGAUGCCGAAGAAAACAGGAAGGCAGCAGAAAAAGGAGGCCGCUGCAUCCCUCGAGCAAGUCUCCGCUGAUGUCAUAGAGAAGGGAACAAGAACAACAGCCAAGUCGCCUCGACAGCCAACGGACGGGAAGGCAACUCUGAAAUCUAGACAGAGAAAGGUGAAGGCCUGGCUGACCAGAAGAGGCCCCAGACUGGUAAAGGCAGACGGAAGAGGCCACAGGAAGAGGCUAUGUCUGCUCCACCCAAUCAACUCGAGGAGGAGGAGGAGGAGGCCGCAGCUGGACUAGAGUCUGACCAAGCUGGAUCAGAGCUACAGGUCAAUAUGUUAUCAGACGCUCCUGCUGAGCCAGUACAGAGCUUGCAUGUCAGCAAAACCGUUAGCCGAGCCGAUGCUCCCCAGCCGCAGGGAAGAAUGGGAGGGAGACAGCGGGGGAGACUCCCCGGCAAAUGGUGGGAAAGCCAGC